AUAGCUCGGGCAUUGUAACGAGGAGCAGUAGCCCGAAGUCAGGUACCGUAUGUCUCUACUAUCAGGAUAGGAUGCUGUAGUUUUCGCCACAGAACCUGCUGACUAUUGUGGUGUGGCCUUCAAAGGUCAGAGUGAUGCUCCUGGUGGCUCUGCUGUGAUCUGUGUUGCUGCGGUGUCCACAGAAACGAUACAACGGUGGACAGAAGGCAGUCGAGCCACAAAAAGAUGACUUCGUCGUCACCCACUCACAGCGACAGCAGCGGCUCCUCUAAGCACGACAGUAACCAGGACAGCUGGGAGAUUGUGGAGGGGCUCAGGGGGGUUCCUGCCAGCAUGCAGGAGCCAGACAGACAGGAGGGCUUCCUGCUCAAGAGGAGGAAGUGGCCCAUGAAGGGGUGGCAUAAGAGAUACUUUGUGUUGGAGAAAGGCAUCUUGAAGUAUGCAAAGCGCGGACCUGACAUGAAGAAGGGAAAGCUUCAUGGCUGCAUUGAUGUUGGCCUCUCCGUCAUGUCAAUCAAAAAGAAAGCCAUGUGCAUCGACCUGGACACGGAGAACAACAUCUAUCACUUAAAGGUGAAGUCUCCGGAGCUUUUUGAGGAGUGGGUGUCAAAGAUGCGUCAUCACCGUGUGUUUCGGCAGAACGAGAUUGCCAUGUAUCCCCAUGAGAGGCCCCUCUUCCACCCCCACGCCUCAUCCUCCCCCUCCCUCAAUGAUACCCUCAGAAAAAGGGCGACUCUGACUAAGCAGGCGUCAGUCCACCAGGCUAAGGUCAGUUCUUGGCUCCAUUCCUCAGAGGACAUGAACAAGUGCUCCAAAGACUUGGAGGAAUGUGGAUCGUACCUGCUCGAGCUCAACCUGCUGCUGAAGAGCAUGGAGGUCCUCCACCGCACAUACUCCGCCCCAGCCAUUAGUGCACUACAAGCGUCUAACUAUGACAUGCCCAAAAAAGAGAAGAGGCCAAGGAAAUGGCGAUCCAAAAACAAUGGCAAAGAACCCAAAACCACACUACAGGUCCCAAGCUGCAUCUCCUCCCAAUCCCCUCGUCUGCACGCCUCCAAUCCCAAUCUCUCCACCGCUGAGUCGAACACCCAGGAGGUCUGUCCCGAAACCCCAGACUCGCCUACAGACGCGUCCCGUCUACAGGAGGACUUCUGCAGGCUGGCCAACAACAUCCAGUCCACACUGAAUUCAGCCUUUAGUUCCCUAGUAUCAGAAAGAGACAGGCUGAGGCACACCAUCGACAUGCAGGCCCCGCAGCCAGCGCAGGUCAUGGGCUUGAAGACCACCUAUACCUCAGACUGUGCAGAUGGCUCCCACUCCUUGGUCCACCAGGUGUCCAAUGAGAGCAAAGGAUCUAUCCCGGAGUCGAUAUCGGAGUUUUUUGACGCUCAGGAGUACCUCCUGUCCUCUUCCUCUUCUGAGAAUGAGGUGUCUGACGAUGACUCGUACAUCAGUGAUGUCAGUGACACCAUCUCCAUGGAUACGUACAGCAACGACGGAGGCAGUGAGAGACACAACUCUGUGAGCAGCAUGAUGACCGUGGCUCGCCGGCGCGCCACGCUGCCGUCUCCCAGCCCCACCAGCACUGUGAGCCUGUGGAACAUCCUGAAGAACAACAUCGGGAAGGACCUGUCCAAGGUGGCCAUGCCAGUACAGCUCAACGAGCCACUCAACACCCUGCAGAGACUGUGUGAGGAGCUGGAGUACAGCGAGCUGCUGGACAUCGCUAACCAGACACAGGACCCUUUCCAGCGCAUGGUGUAUGUCGCUACAUUUGCAAUAUCUGCAUAUACAUCCACCUACCAUCGAGCAGGAAGUAAACCCUUUAACCCCCUCCUGGGAGAGACAUACGAGUGUGACAGGCCUGAUAAAAACUUCAGGUUUAUAGCCGAACAGGUGAGUCAUCACCCACCUGUGUCAGCAUGUCACUCUGAUUCAAGGAACUUCACCUUUUGGCAAGAUGUUCGAUGGAGAAAUAAAUUCUGGGGCAAAUCCAUGGAAAUUGUUCCCAUGGGAACCACACAUGUGACACUACCUGCGUUCGGGGACCACUACGAAUGGAACAAAGUGACGUCCUGCAUCCACAACAUCCUGAGCGGCCAGCGCUGGAUCGAACAUUACGGAGAGAUGUUCAUCAAAAACACCAACAGUGACGACUGCCAGUGCAAAGUCACAUUUGUCAAGGCAAGAUCAUGGAGCUCUACAGUGAACGAGGUAGAGGGCGUGGUUACAGAUUCAAAUGGAAAAGUUGUACACUCCAUCUUUGGAAAAUGGCACGAGUCCGUUUUUCAAGGAGACCCACCUUCUGCCACGUGUAUCUGGAGAGCAAACCCCAUGCCGGUGGAACAAGACCAGUACUAUGGCUUCACCCAGUUUGCGGUGGAGUUAAAUGAGCUGAACUCCACCCUGAGACCUCUGCUGCCCUCCACAGACACACGCUUCAGGCCGGACCAGAGGCUGUUGGAGGAGGGCAACACAGAAGGAGCCGAGGAGCAGAAACAGAGGAUCGAGCAGCUCCAGAGGGAGAGGGGGAAAGUGCUGCAGGACAACAACAUGACACACCAGCCGUGCUUUUUCAAGAAGUCUAACGAUGACACGUGGGUGAGCAACAACUCGUACUGGGAGACGCGCAGAGAAUCUGGCUUCAGUAAAAUGGACUUCCCUGUGUUGUGGUGACCUCUGGAUUAAACCAAACCUCUCCACGACAAUUUAUCAUGGAGAGGGAAGAAUAAAACUGAACUGAGACCAGACUCCCAAGUUUCCUGACCCGGUUAACAUGCAUCGCUCUAUGUCAUGGUAACCUAAACCUAUAUGGACUUCCUGCUUCCUCUUUCAGCACCGAGCAGAGCCUGCUGACCUUCUGUUGGUGUCGUUUGUGUUGUUAGUUACGUUUCUCCUCUCAUAAUCAUAACUGUAAUUUACACAAUGUCAGUGUGGACUAAAUAUUCAUAUCAUGUUCUUUUGCAUCUCAGCAUUUACAAAAGUGCCUUUUUAUUGCAGUGCCUCACUCAAUCAACUGCUGUAGCAGUUAUGCAAGAACACUUUUAUUCAGAGAACUUGUUUGAAUGAUGUCAGUAUCACAUGUGGACUUCACUGGAGAGAUGGAGGGUCAGGGUUGAAAGGGAACUUCAACCUCAAAAGGUUAAAAGCAGUGAGCAUCAUGACCCCAAGGACUAGUUCAUGACUUAAACCAGAAGCUGAUCAGAGGUUCUUAUUAUAAAAGAGGGACUUUUGCCUUUUGUCAGUACACUUCCUUGUUAUGAGUCAUGACUGUCCGAGGACUGCGGAUAAUGUUUAUCAAUGAGGACAAUAAGCAAUAAUACUUCAUGUUCAAACAAGAUAAUAAACUGUACAAUGGCUGGACAA